UUGAUGGCUAUUGUUAACAGUAAUUAUGAAUUUACGUAUGUUGAUGUCGGGAAAAAUGGAAGAAUAUCGGAUGGUGGCGUUAUUGAAAGUACAAUAUUUUAUGAAUUAUUAAACCAGGGAAAAUUACACCUACCCAAAAACGAGGAUACUGUAAAAAAAAUGAAUUUCGUUUUUCUCGCUGACGAAGCUUUUUCGUUGAAUGAAAAUAUUCUGAAACCGUACUCUCAACGAGAAUUAGAUUACGAAAAACGAAUAUUUAAUUACCGAUUGUCAAGGGCUAGGAAUUGUGUGGAAAAUGCUUUUGGUUUGAUUGCCGCAAGGUUUAGAGUAUUGCAAAGUGCUAUACAUUUAGCCCCAGAAAAAGCCACUUAUAUAGUAUUAGCCAUAUGCAUUUUGCAUAACUUUUUAAGAAAACGUGGUGGCUCAUACAUUUCAAGUUCUACGUUUGAUAGAGAAGAUAAUGAUCAUAUUUUACAAAACGGUGAAUGGAGAGAUUCCAACAGUCAACUUCAUGGUUUACAACCCACUCGUAAUGCCUCCGUUUCUAUGCGUGCCAAAAUGAAUCGAGAGCAAUAUAAGGAUUUUUUUAAUAAUGAGGGUUCUGUGGAAUGGCAAGACAAUAUUCUUAAAUUGGGAAGAGCCUAACAUUAUGAAAUAAAAUAAUUUUUUUUCAUUGUAUUACAUUUUGUAAAUUGUAGUUGUUUACAUACCUACAAUAGUAAGAUAUUAUCAUAUCAAUUAAAUAUCUUUAAUAUUUGA